UCACCCGUCUUCCCUCAUUCCCUCACUCCUUAUCACACGUCUAGCGUACGUAGGUAACCAACAUACUUAUGCCUCCUUAUUAAAUUCAUGAAGCCGUCCACUUUUCAUUCGCCUUUUUUGUGUUCCUAAGAGUCUCCUCUCCUGUCGUGCUCGUACCACCAAAAUGAUGUGCCUUAAUUAGGUAACUCGUCAUCUGUUCAACCUGGGGUACUUAAGGCAUUAGUUCUUCCUUCAUGAUUGUGUCUGCGUGAUUAACGCGUCAGCCACUGUUUGAGACGCAAUCAAUUGGCCAAGCAGCGAACGCUCUUCUUAAUUCGCUGCCUCUUUCAUGAAUAUUACAUGUUACGUCUAAGCCAUUUUAUCUGACACUAGCCUCCAGUCCUCUACCAGCACCUCUGCCGGUUUCCUCGGACUGUCAGCAGAGCCCGUCUCAUUGUUCCCUCCACAAUCUAAAAGAAACUUACUCGUUGCUCCCGAGCUGGCUCUACAGAAACCUGCUCGCUAUCUUGGCUUGAACCUUAUUAAACUACAACCUUCUUUCCUGUGUUUACAUCAAGCCUACCCGUGCUCAAUGUAUGUCGCCUAGUAAUCCGGUGCGCUUGUCGCCGAUUACAAAGCUGCCGGCCGCAUCUUGGCUGGGUCGCCAUUAAGACCUCCAUAAAACCUAAAUUCCCAUUUCGGUAAUUGGGUUCCUCCACACUGGAACGGCGAUGGCAUCCUUGCAGUCUAUGUCCGGUUUCCCAUCGCAUGGCGCCAAAUACAGGGUUGGCAAGUCCAAGGUCAAACCGGCGGUGAAGCCGAUUCUUAAGAAAUGGUCCCAUUCUGAAAAGGAGAAAAAAAGUCUGGACCUGGAUCGAGGUUGGGAUGAACAGGGCGAGCAGUAUCGGAGUAGUCAACAGGAUUGGGGCAGGUCCUCGUCGCUCUCUUUCUACGAGCAGCCAGAUGGUGUCGGUACGAUUCCGUCGGGGACAGUCGGAGGAGUAGGAUUGGGAGUGCUUGGGAAUGGGGUGAGUGCGCGGCGGUACAACCAUUCGAGAUCUAUCAGCAGCACAAGUCACGCUUCAGGUACAACGUCCAACAGUAGCAACGGCAUUCCUGCUCCUCGCCAGGCCGGUGCCACGUUCGUACACCCCUUCCAGCAAACGCCGCGCACGUCAACCCCGCCGUUGCUGUCGUACGCGAACUCCCUCGCCUCAAUAGCCGACACGCGUGACUAUUCACCCACUACUAUUACCGAAGACGAGGACAAUGAGGAUGGUAUUGCUGGUAGUAUAGAGCCCCGCAACCAUUCACAACAAUAUAGGAGUACUAGUCACAACAAUAGCGCCAUUAACAUUCACUGCUCAACCUUUGCGAGCUCAAAUUUAGCUUCUCAGCCAGCCUUAAAUUCACAUCUCCCUUCACUGCAAAGUCAGCAUACAUCUUCCACCGAUGUCUCUGAUACGAAUUCACCCAAGCCGCCUCUUCGAGUCAACACCUCGCGCACUUGCUCAAGUAUUCCCACACAUUCCUCUCGGUUAGCUAAUGUAUCCAGCCGCUCGGAUCUUUACUUGGACCGUGGUGUAGAUUUGGAUUCACCUACAUCAAACCCGCCACCAAACGCCAUGACAUCCCCUUCUACAUCGAUAACGCCCAUUAUGCGCACGUCCCUCGAUGGUGGGUUUCCACGGCUGCGUGCCAAGUCGGAUCUGGAUACUGCUACACGGGCCGAACAUCUCCGUGAGGCGCGUAGGAAAUUUGAGAUCAAAGAAAGGGCCAAGGACGAAAAAUAUGCACGGGAAGAGAUCAAGCGUCGAGAAAAGGCCGACAAUAAGCGUGCGCAAGAGCUUGAGAAGCAGUCGGCAGCACAACAUAAGGAGCAAUUAGCUGCGCGCGCGCGAGAAGAAGCUGCCGAACUAGAAGAAGCUCUUCAACGCGGAAAGCACAACAGAAAAGUCAGCAUUGCGAGCAGCGGCCGUCCGAGUCUAUCCAUGCCUCGGCCGAGCUUGAACAUCGGGCGGCCUAGUUUAUCACGUCGAAACACGCCGAGUCGAAUAAGCGAAUCGGAGAAAUUCAUGAGUAGUAGCUACGACAGCACGGGGCCCCGCAGCCCACCCACAUACGGCAGAGAAGCUAGAGCUGCUCAUUCCAUCCAAUAUACAUCAUCUUCCAAGCAUAAAAGCAAGGCGAAGAAAAAAACACAGGGUGCAUGGACGACAUUUAUACUAUGGCUGAGAACGAAGCUGCUACGGAUGAGUAGGAGCUGAUGCAGCCUGGGCCAUACUCUGAUAUGAUUCCCCUCUGAAAAAAAAAGAUCAAGGGAAAGAAUCACC